AUGCGCUUCAGCAUCAUCGCCGCCCUUGCAGGCAUAGCAUCCACGGCACCAACCGACGCUGAUCUACAAACCUUCAACUCAACUCUAACCGCGCGAACAGGCGCAGUAUACAAAGUCAAAGACCUAACUGGGCCCAGUCUCACCGGUAAAUUCCAAGCUGGGUUCACUGAUCUCGGCAUUCCCGCCCGCACGCCAGACGGACGCCUGAUAUUCGUUUGUGGCGACACAUUUGCCGAUCGAGUCGGCGGUGCGAAUUGGCGCGCCCCGAUCGGCUUAUAUUCAUCCAAUGCGAACCUCGACCAAGUGACGAUCGAUGGAUGUGUCGGUGGCGCUGCUGCUGUUGGUCUGGUUCCUGAAGGGCACCAGGGAGGAACUACUGCUAUUCCGUCUGAUGUAUUUGCUGCUGGGGGGAAGCUGUACAUGAAUCUCAUGCGAGGUGUCAUUUACAAGACGGACCACUCGGACUUUUGGGUCAGCGAAGAUAAUGGCAAUACUUGGACGUACUUGUUCCUCUGGCCUGGCAACAUGUACAAUUAUGCGUUUCAACAGAAGACUUGCGCCGUAGGUGACGACAACUACGUCUACUGCCUAUCCACCGUCUUCAACCGCGACCUUGUCUCCGAUCUCCUCCUCCACCGAGUUCCAGUCGGCAGUCUCGGCGACGCAAAUGCCUGGCAGCCAUGGGGCUAUGCCAGCGGCGCUUGGGCCUGGGGAAACCCGCCGACGACGAUUGCACCAGCACGCAGAUGGGGUGAGAUCUCGUGGCGGAACUUGGGCGGUGGUAAAUGGGUGUUUACGUGGUUGAACAUGGAGCCCCUGGGGAUUCACUACAUGGUCCUUAAUGGUCCGACGGAUAACUUGUUUGCUGCGCCGGAGAGGGUGCUCAUUUUACCGGCGGCGAACUUGCAGAGCGAGCAUGACAACUAUGUUGCGUCGCCGUAUGGGGGAUUUAUAUUCCCGGGGUCGACGGUGGAUAAGUUUGACUUUGCUGUGUCUCAGUGGAAUGGGGAUACGUAUCGGGUGAUGCAGUUUCGUGCUGAUGGGCUGUAA